GAGCGCAGUAACGGAGCAGCGACGGAGAGACUGCAACACACAGCUCUCUCUCUCUCUCUCUCUCUCUCUCUCUCUCUCUCUCUCUCUCUCUCUCUCUCUCUCUCUCUCUCCAUCAUCACACCGGCACCACAGUACCUCGUUCCCCGGGUGUGGAUCUAUCCCUAGCUCACGGGUUGGCCGUGAAUGCGAGGCGGUCGGUUCCUCUAGCAGAGGCGACAUGAGCGCGUUCCGGCUCCUGCUGCGGAGUUUCCACUGUGUGGGACUCUACAUCCAACUUAGUGGCUCUUUCUCAUCAUCCGCCCAGGUGGAGAACCGCAUCUCCAGCAACGCUCUCUUCACAGAGGUCCCUCAUGACAUGACGGCACACAGCGGGCAGGAUGUGGAGAUGGCCUGUUCGUUUCGGGGAUCAGGCUCCACUUCUUAUUCUCUGGAGAUCCAGUGGUGGUACAUCAGGAACCACAAAGAGUGGACAGACAAGGAGACGUGGACCACCAACCAGGUGGCGCCUCAGGAGGAGAUGUCAAGGGACGCUACGAAAAUCAGUGUGGUGAAAGUGGCCGGCAGCAACAUCUCCCACAAGCUGCGUCUGUCCAGCGUCAAGCCUUCUGACGAGGGCACGUACGAGUGUCGCGUCAUCGACUUCAGUGACAGCCGACCUCGGCACCACCGCGUGCGCGCCUACCUGCAGGUGGAAGGUGACGGAAGUGCUGCUGCACCUCCACACCACCGGGGGGAAGCAGAGUCUCAGAAACACCAACCAACAGCACACCAUGGGCACAAAUCCGGCAGGGAGCUCAGGAAGAGGGCUGCUGAUGACACCAACACUGACUGCACAGAGAGCUGUGCACUUUAGGGCCUAAACACACACACACACACACACACACACACACACACACACACACACACCACACAAACACACACACACAUCAUGGACUACGGUCCUACACCCUAAUCUGUUCUCCUAUAGCUUUCCUCCCCAAGAUCUUAAUACACAGUGUAUAUUAUUGUAAAUGUUCUCUCAGACGAGCCGUUGCAUGUCGCGAAAUGUUUCUUACGACGUUUAUCGCUUUAAAACUCGAAGGACACAAAGAGACGAACAGAUCGGGAGUGUGGAUGUUUCGCCGUUUCGUUCUGCGUCAUUAAAAAAAAAAAGUAGAAAAUUCUUUCAUUCACAGCGCGGGUGGGAAAAAGUGCUAAGAUAAUGACAGACUUUUACAAACGAUCUUCAUACGAGCGGGUUUUCGGAAUCGUGCGGUCGGAUCCUCGCACGUCUCAGCAGGCGACGAUAUGACAGAAUCGAUCAAAUACGAAACAAAUCUAAGAUUCUAUUCUUCAAGAUAUUCGUUUUCUUCUUCGGUAAUUAAUGCGGAAAAAUUUGCAGAAAGAUUUUCCAGAAUGAUUUCAAGCUGGAAACGAUUCAAAUACGUAAACAGCACAUUUCUUAUAAAGGAACGUUCUGGAUACAUUAGACUGUGUUUAAAGAUAUUUUCACUUGAUGUCAGAGGGGGUUAGGAAAAGAAAAAAAGACUGUUGAUCAGGAUUGUUUAUUACCCCCAUGGUGUGGAAGUGGGUGUGGAUAUCCAGUAACUCCAGUAACUCCAGAACCUCAGCUGUAUGUACGAGGGCUUUAUUUUAUCUAGCAGACCGUUAUUUUUGUUUUUACCUGCAAAUUUGCAAACUACAAGAAAACAGUAUCCUAUUCCAGUACAGUAAUUUAUUUAAACUGGUUAACAAAAAUCCCAGUAUCCUUUUUAAACUGGUCUACAAAACCCAGUACCAUAUUUAAACUGGUCUACAAAACCCAGUACCAUAUUUAAACUGGUCUACAAAACCCAGUACCAUAUUUAAACUGGUCUACAAAACCCAGUACCCUAUUUAAACUGGUCUACAAAAAUCCCAGUACCCUAUUUAAACUGGUCUACAAAACCCAGUACCCUAUUUAAACUGGUCUACAAAACCCAGUACCCUAUUUAAACUGGUCUACAAAACCCAGUACCCUAUUUAAACUGGUCUACAAAACCCAGUACCAUAUUUAAACUGGUCUACAAAACCCAGUACCCUAUUUAAACUGGUCUACAAAAAUCCCAGUACCCUAUUUAAACUGGUUAACAAAAAUCCCAGUACCCUAUUUAAACUGGUCUACAAAACCCAGUACCCUAUUUAAACUGGUCUACAAAAAUCCCAGUACUGUAUUUAAACUGGUUAACAAAAAUCCCAGUACCCUAUUUAAACUGGUUAACAAAAAUCCCAGUACCCUAUUUAAACUGGUUAACAAAAAUCCCAGUACCCUAUUUAAACUGGUGUUACAUAAACCAGUUCCUUAAAUUUGUAUUUAUUUAUUUAUUUAUUUAUUUAUUUAUUUAUUUUGCCCUUUGAGAUUUCUGUCCUCGUCUCAACCAGAUGGAAGAGAACGGAGAGAUGCGUCUCUUACUCAUCGGUCUGCAUUUGUAUUUGUCUGGAACAUGUUGUCUGUUCAACCCAAAUGACAACAACACAACACUUGUGAAUGUGGAGUUACAGGGAUUUAAUCCACAGUGAUUUAAAGAGUGAGGAGGAGCAGAGAAACUGCCGAGGGACGAACGAACGAACGAACGAACGAACGAACGAAACGGAAGACCGAGUUUUAUACCAACAAAGAGCACAAGUGUAGACAGUGUACCUAAUAAAAUGGCAGAGAGUCUAUCCCUCACAUCUCUACUUAUAUAAUUCCACUCACACUGCUGAUAGAUUAAACCGUAAAGUCACUCGUUCAUACGAUAGAUGAUCAUUAUUUUUAUUGGAUUUUCUCAUCGUUUAUUCUCUGGAUGUAUAUUUAAACUUUUCCCACACCGGAAUUUCGAAAACUGAAGUCGACGUGCACUUAAAAAAAGAAAGAAAGAAAAAAAAAGAAAAGAAAGGUGACCUGAGGUGGCUCACACAUACCGACCUUUAUAUCGUGUCCUGUUUUAUUCACAGUGUAAAUAUGACAUGGGUCAGAGGGGGGCCAAAACUUUCUUUGCUGUCACUUUAUUAGCUGCACUUUUAUGAACACGUCUCCUAUAAACCCAAAUCAUCCAUUUAGACGAUAAAUAAAAUAGAGUUUUUAAUGAUUAAAGCCUUUCUGCGAGGCCUCGGACGCCGGGGGCUUCCCGGACGGAGGUGGACGUUCGGGAUACUGUAAUAUAUUACUAUCAUUUUUUUUUCGUUCUUUGUCUAUGACUGAAAUGUAAAGCUCUAUAUGAAGCCCUCAUUUCUGGAUUUUUUUUUUUUUUUUUUUUUUUUUAAUGCUUUCUGUUUUUGUAAGAGCUAAAUGUAAAAAAAAAAAAAAAAAGUACAUGUUUGAAUAUUCUCCAGAGUGUUGGUCUCAUCUUAAAUGUAUGCUUUUAUCAAAUAAAAAAACAAAACACUGAGUUAUACGCUGA